CCGGCAGCCAGAUAGGGCUGGCUUAUAUGCGGAAGUUUCAGUUCCGCUCAGUCCAGUUAACUUUGAAACUGAGAACAGACGGACUAAAGUCACGCUUCUCUCUGCACAUCAGACCCGGCUUAACAAGGCAACGUAAAUCAUGAGCAGCAGCUACAGUGUCUCCCUGGCUGGCCCUGCCCCCUGGGGCUUCAGACUGCAGGGAGGGAAGGACUUCUGUCUGCCCCUCACCAUCUCACGGUUGACUGAUGAAGGCAAGGCAGCCAAAGCCAAGAUGAAUGUUGGAGACCUCAUUCUGUCCAUUAAUGGUAUUUCCACAGACAGCAUGAAUCACCUAGAGGCACAGAACAAGAUUAAGGCCUGCACGGGCAAUCUCAGCCUCACUCUACGAAGACCCUCCAGUGCCCCUAAAGAUGCCGUGCCUAAGGAUGAACCUCAAGAAAUCAUUAAGCCUGUCCCAAUCACUCACCCUGCCCCAAGCACCACAUACACUAAGCCAUCAAGUCAGCCCAGUCCUGCAUACAACAAGACAGCCCGGCCUUUUGGCGGUGGCAGCAGUUUGGUCACAGCUUCUUCCCCGGCUGCCCCCUCCAUUCCCUCACAAUCAUCCGCUUUCAAGCCAGCUGCCCCUUCUCAACCAGCACAGCCUCCAUUUCUGCUGAAGUCAACCAUUCCUGCCCCGGACUCAGCUCCAGCCAACUCACUUCCCAGGCCCAGCCCUAGUCGCUCCACCUUCCCCUCCCCGUCUGCCUCUUCCUCUUCAUCUAACUCAUCCUCUCCAGCCAGAGUGACAGCCCCCUCCUCCAAUCCUAAUGUCCCACAGCCCUCUGUCUAUAAUACACCUAUCAACCUCUACUCCAAUACUAAUGCUUGUGAGGUGGUCAUGGGACAGAGACGAGGUCUUUUGGAGAGCCAGGGGCUGUCGGAGCACUUCAACGGGAAACCUAAUGUGGAGCCCGAGGGUCAUGCAUCCCCACUGAGUGACGCCAGCAAGAAGCGUCUGAUCGAGGACACGGAGGACUGGCACCCACGCACCGGCACCUCCCAGUCCCGUUCCUUCCGUAUCCUGGCUCAGAUCACGGGCACUGAAAAUGAGCAAGCUCAAGAGAACAGUGGAAAGACUGAGGCAGUUGACAAAACCACUCCCGCUGUUCACACCAUGCCUGCAGCAAAAACAUUUUCCAAAUCUACAGCAUCACCCAGGAAUGGCAACGUCUUCCCUGCUCCCACGUUCAAGAGCCCAGCAGCCCAGAAGAAACCUUCCUUCCAGCCUGGAGGGCCACCAGGUUUUCCUAAGGGUGGAGCAGCUCCUUCAUUUGGCAAAGUUACCAACCCUGCACCCAAAGGUCCAGACCGCCCCACCCCACAGCCACAUCCACAGGACCUCAACUCUCUGGUGCAGCGGGCGGAGCACAUCCCAGCCGGGACACGCACCCCAAUGUGCAACAAGUGCAACACUGUCAUCAGGGGCCCAUUCCUCGUGGCCAUGGGCAUGUCAUGGCACCCCGAGGAAUUCAACUGUGCUCACUGCCACUCCUCCGUGGUAGAGCAUGGAUUUGUGGAGGAGAGGGGCCAGGUGUACUGCGAACAUUGCUAUGAGCAGUUCUUUGCUCCCACCUGCGCCUGCUGCCACCAGAAGAUUCUGGGGGAAGUCAUGAAUGCCCUGAAACAGACCUGGCAUGUGUCCUGUUUCAUCUGUGUCGCCUGCAAACAGCCAAUCAGGGGCAACACCUUUCACAUGGAGGAUGGACAGCCAUACUGUGAAAAAGACUACUACAACCUGUUUGGGUCCAACUGCCACGGCUGUGACUUCCCCAUCGAGGCAGGGGACAGGUUCCUGGAAGCUCUAGGAUUCACCUGGCAUGACACCUGCUUUGUGUGUGCGGUCUGCUCUACUAGUCUGGAAGGUCAGGCGUUCUUCUCCAAAAAAGACAAGCCUUUGUGCAAGAAACAUGCCCACACUGUUAACAUCUGACCUCCCCCCCCCCCCCCAUGAAUAUGAUUGGGAUAGGGCAAUGGUGUCAGUUUACAUCAAUUUAUAUUUCAUUUUCAGAACUAUUUUCAUAACUAACAUUGGGUCAGAUGAUCCACUAUAAGCUUUAUUGUUGCUCUCAUAUUGUUAUGUCAUGUCAGUUUUAUAGAUGGAUAUGCAAGAGUACAUUUCAACACACUGUUAGCCGCCUGCCAGUUUAAUAUAUGUUCAAGUGGAUUUUUAAUACACGUGUUUGUGCUGAGCUUUUUAUUUGUGCUGAAGGUGUGUUGAGCUCUUGAUGGGCAUAGUUUGUUUCACACAGAAUAGGAUAGUUUACUGCAAUGACCUACUGAGCCCCUCGGGGGUCACAUAUUAUAAAAAGUUAUUGAUGUGGAAAGGUAUGCUAUUAGUAAAGCAAGUGAAAGGUUUAGAAAUUAUAAUUAUUUAACAUUAAGAGGAAAAAUUAUUUAUUUGUGAGCAAGGAUUACUCAGUCAACAUGUGUUCUAGCAACAAAAAGACUUCUGGCCUUCAAAAUAAAAAUGGGACAUUUUAAUAUUGUUAUUUUUUAUUGUUUUAAAGUAAUGUGGUGUGUAACCAUACAACAGUGUCUAAAUAAGACACUGUACAGGUCAAGUUUCAUUGUAAAUGCAUAAAAAUGAUAUAUAAGGAUAACGUCUGGUCAUUACAAAGAUGACUCCAUAAUAGAUUAAGUAGUGUUGUUUAUGUAUAUUUUGUUAUGCCUAUAGUUUAAGGGGUAAAAGCAUGCUUUCAGUGAAUACCCACAUGAAACUGUACUUCAUUCUACUAGUUGCUGGCAUUAAAAUGCAUAAAAAUUA